UUCAGAUGUCAGGGCAGCGCGAAGGUUACCCGGAUGAAGAACACAUGUGCGUAAAGAGUAACUGCAGCAGCUCUAAAGCGGCCCCUUUUCUUGAAUCAUUCAGUCUGCCGAACUGACGGACACGCGCAUCCCUUCAAUCACCUCCAGACCAUUCUGCAAAAUGCUGCGUUUACCCAGUGUAAUGAAACAAAUGAGGCCAGUGUGCAGGGCUCUGGCCCCACACCUGACUCGUGCGUAUGCCAAGGACGUCAAGUUUGGAGCAGAUGCCCGGGCCCUCAUGCUUCAGGGCGUUGACCUUUUGGCUGAUGCUGUGGCUGUCACCAUGGGACCAAAGGGUCGCACCGUUAUCAUUGAGCAGAGCUGGGGAAGCCCCAAAGUCACCAAAGAUGGCGUCACAGUUGCCAAAAGCAUCGAACUGAAAGAUAGGUAUAAGAACAUCGGGGCCAGGCUGGUACAGGAUGUGGCCAACAACACUAACGAGGAGGCUGGAGACGGCACUACAACCGCCACGGUACUGGCUCGUGCUGUUGCCAAGGAGGGAUUUGACACCAUCAGCAAAGGUGCCAAUCCUGUGGAGAUCCGUAGAGGAGUAAUGAUGGCGGUGGAAGAAAUCAUCAAUGAACUCAAGAAACUCUCCAAGCCAGUCACAACACCAGAGGAAAUUGCUCAGGUGGCCACUAUUUCUGCCAAUGGAGACAUUGAAGUUGGUAAUAUCAUCUCCAAUGCCAUGAAGAAAGUUGGACGCAAGGGUGUUAUUACAGUGAAGGAUGGUAAAACCCUACAUGAUGAGCUUGAGAUCAUUGAGGGCAUGAAGUUUGACCGUGGCUACAUUUCUCCUUACUUCAUCAACACCACUAAAGGCCAGAAGUGUGAGUUCCAGGAUGCUUACGUGCUUCUGAGUGAGAAGAAGAUCUCCAGCGUACAGAGCAUCGUACCAGCUCUGGAAAUUGCCAACCAGCAUCGCAAGCCUCUGGUCAUCGUGGCUGAAGAUGUGGAUGGAGAGGCACUCAGCACUCUGGUCCUCAACAGGUUGAAGGUUGGACUUCAGGUCGUGGCUGUCAAGGCUCCAGGAUUUGGGGACAACCGGAAGAACCAGCUGCAGGAUAUGGCAGUUUCCACUGGAGGCACGGUGUUUGGUGACGAGGCUAUGGGACUGGCCAUUGAGGAUAUCCAGGCACAUGACUUUGGCAGGGUCGGCGAGGUCAUUGUGACCAAGGAUGACACGAUGCUCCUCAAAGGCCGUGGUGAUCCAUCAGCCAUUGAGAAGCGUGUGAAUGAGAUUGCUGAACAGCUGGAGAGCACAAACAGUGACUACGAGAAGGAGAAACUCAACGAGCGUCUGGCCAAGCUUUCUGAUGGAGUGGCUGUGAUUAAGGUUGGUGGAACAAGUGACGUUGAAGUGAAUGAGAAGAAAGACCGUGUCACCGAUGCGCUGAAUGCCACUCGAGCUGCUGUGGAGGAGGGAAUCGUUCCUGGAGGAGGAUGCGCCCUGCUCCGCUGCAUCCCAGCUCUGGAGAACAUCAAGGCAGCCAAUUCUGAUCAGACGAUUGGUAUCGACAUUAUUCGUAGAGCUCUUCGCAUUCCUGCAAUGACCAUUGCCAAGAAUGCAGGAGUUGAAGGCUCUCUGGUGGUGGAAAAGAUUUUGCAGAGCGCUCCAGAGAUCGGAUAUGAUGCUAUGCUUGGAGAAUAUGUCAACAUGGUUGAAAAAGGCAUUAUUGAUCCCACAAAGGUCGUGAGGACCGCAUUGCUAGACGCUGCAGGUGUUGCAUCUCUGCUGUCUACUGCUGAAGCCGUUGUCACCGAGCUACCAAAGGAGGAGAAGGACAUGCCGGCUGGAGGAAUGGGUGGAAUGGGAGGCAUGGGCGGAAUGGGUGGCAUGGGAUUCUAAACUGAACUGCACUGACUUUAGUGGAAGGGUUGUGGGCAGGGGACAUGAUUUGCCCCUCCCCUUCGACUUGGAAAAACCUGCCGAAACUGAGUGAUGGUGGUCUGAACGUGGAGCAAAAGAAAUGGACGUUACAGUCUCCCAUCCUUCCACCACUAUGUCCGAUCUCAUCUCUUUACUCAUGGCUGAAGAUGUUACCCUACUUCUUUAAAGACAAGUUCCUGAUAAUGUGACUAGGGAUAAUGAGUCUGUUCUUUGUUCUGUAACAUUGUGCACACCAAUGUCUAAUGGGAAAGUGCAUUUAACAAAUUGCAUAUUGUCAUGCUGUUGUAUUGUGUGAUAUAGCUGGUUCAGAAUCAGACCAUCUGUAGGGGCUUCAAAAGCCAAAUGUUAAGGUUAAAGUCUGCCUUCAUGAGCAAGCAAGUAGUAGAAACUUUGACCAGUUGUAUCUUAAAAAAAAAAAAAAAUCCACUUCAUUGAUCAGUUCAUUUUUUUUUGUACACUGUUCAUUGUUUCAUAUAAAAAUAAAACCCUCAUUUGAGGAUUAUAUAACAUUGACAAAGCAUGUACUUGUUUUGCCUUACAUUUGUUAUAGUUUUUCCCAAUGAAUAGAAAUACUUGGAUAUCAGCUUGAAGAAUUGUGCUAAUGUUUUCCUUUGUUUCUGGUUUAAUAUCUAAAGAGAUUGUUCACCCUAAAAUGAAAACUGUUAUUUAUUGUCGUUUGACUCGUGUCGUUUGGAUAAUUGUCAAUGGUCAAAAACCAUACUCUACUCCAGAGAGAGAGAGAGAGAGAUAGAAACAUAUUUUUCAAAAUAUUUUUGUGUGAUGACAGAAUUUUAUUUGUGGGUGAACUAUUCUUUUAAAAUCUGAGGGUUAAACAUCUUCUGGUCAAGCAUAGAGUUUGGUUGGAAGGUUGAGUGGAGGGAUGGGUGAUUUUGUUGCACAGCAGUUUUAAAAUGGCGGUUUGCCCGACAAUAUACUGAAUGCAAUUAGUGUGAAAUUCAUUCUAAAGAUCUAACUUUUGAGUCUAGUGGUACAGAAUCGUGUUUGAAAAGCUGCUGUUCAUUAAGAGAAUUACUUGUUUGUUUGUUUUUUUUUUAAAGCCAUUCUCUAUGAAUGUGCAACAAUGAUCAUUCAACAAUGUUUUGUACAAUAUAGUCAUUAAUUCUGUAUUUUUUAUUUAAUAAAUUUCAGUGUUCAAAAAGAAA